GCGGGCCCGCAGCGGGGCCGGUGGGCGCGGGGCGGGGCGGGCGCGCCCUGACAGCUGCUCGGCGUAAACAAGCGGCCCCGCCGGCCGCCCCGGCCGCCCCUGCCUGGGCCGGGCCCGGCGCCGGGGCGGGCGCUGCGGGCGGCGUGACGCGGCGCCGCCGCCGACAGUGGGGCCGGGCCGCCGGCGGGACGGGAGCGGGACCGGGAGCGGGCGAGGCCGCGAUCGUGCUGCUGCCCCCGACAGCAGGUCCCUGCUUCCCCCCCUGCCCCGGCUGUCACGGGCUCAUCCCCAUGUGCCCUCGGCCUGAGCAGUGGCCAGCGGGGCAGAGAGGCCGGCGCGCCCCGGGGUGCUGAAGCAGGGAGGCCGCUGGACCCCCCGCUCCCAGGACCCUCCUGCUCCCCGGCUAGAGGAAUCCCGAUACUCUGAUGGAUCUGAGGCCCUGCUCGCUGCUCCUGCUCUGGACUCUGGUGAUUGCCCUCGCUCUCCUGGCCCAGGAGGUGCUGGCCCAGCAGAUUUACACCAACACCUGGGCCGUGCUUGUCCCUGCGGGGCCCCAGGAGGCUGACAGGCUAGCCAGGAAGCAUGGAUUCCUCAACCUGGGCCCGAUCUUUGGUGACUAUUACCACUUCCGGCACAGUGGCGUGGUGAAGCGUUCCCUCUCGCCCCACCAGCCCUGGCACAGCCGUUUGGCCAGGGAGCCCCAGGUGCAGUGGCUGGAGCAGCAGGUGGCAAAGCGCAGGACCAAGCGAGACAUUUUCAUGGAGCCCACGGACCCCAAGUUCCCACAGCAGUGGUACCUGUACAACACCAACCAGCGGGACCUGAAUGUGCGUCAGGCCUGGGAGCAGGGCUACACGGGCAAGGGCAUUGUGGUUUCCAUCCUGGAUGAUGGCAUUGAGAAGAACCACCCUGACCUGGAGGCCAACUAUGAUCCCGGGGCCAGCUUUGAUGUCAAUGACCAGGACCCAGACCCUCAGCCCCGCUACACACAGAUGAAUGACAACAGACACGGCACGCGCUGCGCUGGGGAAGUUGCUGCUGUGGCAAACAAUGGUAUCUGCGGUGUCGGCGUGGCGUACAACGCCAGGAUUGGAGGCGUGCGCAUGCUGGAUGGGGAGGUGACUGAUGCUGUGGAGGCCCAUUCCCUGGGCCUUAAUCCCAACCACAUCCACAUCUACAGUGCCAGCUGGGGCCCCGAGGAUGACGGCAAGACGGUGGAUGGCCCAGCCCGGCUGGCAGAGGAGGCUUUCUUCCGUGGGGUCAACCAGGGCCGAGGGGGGCUGGGCUCCAUCUUCGUCUGGGCGUCCGGGAACGGGGGCCGCGAGCACGACAGCUGCAACUGUGACGGUUACACCAACAGCAUCUACACACUGUCCAUCAGCAGCACCACACAGUACGGCAACGUGCCCUGGUACAGCGAGGCCUGCUCCUCCACCCUCGCCACCACCUACAGCAGCGGCAACCAGAACGAGAAGCAAAUUGUGACAACUGACCUCAGGCAGAAGUGCACGGAAUCACACACGGGGACGUCGGCCUCGGCGCCCCUGGCUGCUGGUAUCAUCGCCCUCGCCCUGGAGGCCAACAAGAACCUGACCUGGCGGGACAUGCAGCACCUGGUGGUGCAGACAUCCAAGCCCGCUCACCUCAAUGCCAACGACUGGGUCACCAAUGGUGUCGGCCGCAAAGUCAGCCACUCCUACGGCUAUGGCCUGCUGGAUGCUGGCGCCAUGGUGAGCCUGGCCAAGAACUGGACCACGGUGGGACCUCAGAGAAAGUGUGUCAUCGAUGUCCUCAUGGAACCAAAGGACAUCGGGAAGCACCUGGAGGUGCGGCGGAAGGUGGACGCCUGCUUGGGAAAAGCCAACUACAUCAGCCGGCUGGAGCACGCACAGGCCAGGCUGACCCUGUCCUACAACCGGCGGGGGGACCUGGCCAUCCACCUCGUCAGCCCCAUGGGCACCCGCUCCACCCUCCUGGCUGCUAGGCCUCAUGACUUCUCAGCUGAUGGCUUCAAUGACUGGGCCUUCAUGACAACACACUCGUGGGAUGAGGACCCCUCUGGGGAGUGGGUGCUGGAGAUUGAGAACACCAGUGAUGCCAACAACUAUGGCACGCUGACCAAGUUCACCCUCGUGCUGUACGGGACGGCCACCGACUCCCCUGGCCUCUCCAACCAGCUGGAGAGCAGCGGCUGCAAGACCCUGACCCCCAGCCAGACCUGCGUGGUCUGCGAGGAGGGCUACUACUUGCACCAGAAGAGCUGCCUGAAGCGCUGCCCUCCUGGCUUCGCACCCGGCGUCCAGAGCACCCACUACAGCCUGGAGAACAGUGUGGAGCCCAUCACCCCCCACCUCUGCCUGCCCUGCCACCCCUCCUGUGCCACCUGCACCGGGCCCGGCCCCAACCAGUGCCUGACCUGCCCCGCGCACUCCCACUUCAGCAGCCUGGACCUCUCCUGCUCCCACCAGACGCAGAGCAGCCGCGCGUCCCCUGCCCUGGCCGAUGGCGAGGGGCUGGCUGAGACUGCCCCUUCAGCCAACCUGCCCGUCCUCAUCGCCAGCCUCAGCUGCGUCUUCAUCGUUGUCAUCUUCGUCACCGUCUUCCUGGUGCUGCAGGCGCGCUCAGGCUUCAGCCUGCGGGGCGUGAAGGUCUAUGCUCUGGACAGUGGGAUCAUCUCCUACAAGGGGCUCCCCUCCGACAUCUGGCAGGAGGAGGCCCCCUCGGAGUCGGACGGUGAGGAGAACGAGGCCCGCAGCGAGAGGACUGCCUUCAUCAGAGACCAAAGUGCCCUUUGAUGAGCCCUCCCGCCCCUCCUUCCUCCCUGCCCAGCACCAUGGGGCCGGGGCAGGUGAGGCUGAGGGGCCCCGGACUCUGCCCCCAUCCUCCUCCCACACUGCAGCAGCCCGGGGCUCCCCACCCGCCGGCACCGUCCCUCGGCCCUGGCCCAGGCUGCCAGGCACGACCCUGCCAGCACCGUCCCCAGCCCAGCACCCUCCUGAUCUUGCGCCAUCUCUUGGCCCCGCGGCCAUACUGUGCCCCUGCGGGGUGUUUGAUGGCAGUGGGGCCCUGGCACUCACUGGCCCUGCGCUGGCAGCUGUGUCCCCUGCCCCAGGUGGGUGGUUGGGGGUCACACGAGUCCCCCAGGGCAGGCAGCAUGUGGGGUCUCUGCAUUGUGGUUGCUCAGGCCGUGACAGGGGCAGCUCUGCUCGGGGCAGAGACAGCUCUGCCCAGAGCUGGGACAUGCUCUGCCCAGCUCCUGGCACGGCCUCCCCCUGCACCCCCAGCACCCGCUGGGCUCUGCCAGCAUCCCAGCCACCUCCCGAUGGCCUGUCUGCCUGCACCGUGCCCUUCAGCAGCAAUAAUGGCCAGGCCUCUGCUCUCCGCACGUCCCACGCGCUGCGGCUGCCUGAGCCUGCACUGCAGAGCGUGGGGCAGGGCAGCACCUUCCCCUGCGCCCGAGGCUCGGCCCCCGGCGCGGGCAGGGACCCCCUCGCACAGCCCGUGUCCCAGACCCCUCGUGUUUUCCCGCGGGCAGGGCUGUGCCGCUGCUGGCCGGGGCAGCUCAGCAGCGCCGGUGCCCGCACUGCCCCGCUCUGCCUGCGCCUGCCUGUGCUGGGCAGAGCCCGGCGUCCCUGCAGCCCCAGCCCCCCGACGUGCCUUGCCCCCACUUGGUGACAAUCCGUUCUGCUCCCUGCCCUUGCCGCCCCCUCCCCGCGGGCUGGGGGCCGGUGCCACAAGCCCCUCCACCGUCCGCUGCCGCACAGCGGGGCUGUGGCACCGGCUCCCACCUGCCCCGUGCCAGAGCCGGCCCUGGCCCACGGACGGAGCCACCGGCUGGGGGCCACAGGACUAUUUUUCUAUAAUAACUUUUUGGUGCACAGUAAUUUUUUCUUGUAAUUUAAUCAGCCAGGAGCUGCCUCCUGAGCCUGUUUUUAAUUUAAUGGAUGUGGAUAUAACGCUAGAGAGACUGAGUUAUUAAAUGUUCAGAACUAUGCAAA